AUGGACGCCUGGAACGUACGAGGAAGCCUCGCGUUCCUCCAACACUCGCUAAAAUCCUUCCUUCACAACGGCAAGGUGAAGCUUUUUAUCCUGGUUCUUCUUUCAUUGCUCUCCUUUACCCUCCUUGCUCAUCGCCUGUCCUUCUUUGACGACUUCUACACACGGCAUGUUCCCGCUUCCGCUCCCGCCCCCACCGCUCCCGGUCCCCAACCCGGCAAGCAUGAACCCAGUGGGUGGUGGAUCGAGUUUUUCGGCCGUCUCGAGAGCACCCGCAUAACGCUAACCCCCCUUAAGCUCCGCGGUCGUUCACUCAAUUGGAAACCCGAUGUCGACGGAACACGCCUGGACCGGCUUGAUCUCACCGAGGAGGACGAGGCCAUACUCCGCGAGUCGCAUGCUUCCUUCAUUAACCAGCUUGCCGUAUUCGCCAGCCACCUGCCCUACCAUGCCGGCACUACCGGAAUCGUAACGACAGCCGGCGAGCGCAACUUUGGGCAAGUUAUCUCGCUGGUGCUUAUGGCGCGGCGAGCGGGCUCCCGCUUGCCAAUAGAGAUUAUACUCGAUUCGUCCUCACCAUGGGUGGAUCUCGUGUGCUCUGAGACGAUGCCUCGGCUCAACGCUACCUGCGUAUCCCUCCCCGACAAGUGGACUGGUAUAGAUCUCCCCGAGAGAAAGUUGAUGCGCUUUCAGUGGAAGUACCUCUCGAUCAUCGCGUCGACCUUUCAAAACGUACUCUUCCUCGACGCCGACUGCCUUCUCGUACGGAAUCCGGAUCCCAUCUUCGACCUCGGUUCCGAACCGUUUACUUCGACUGGGUUUAUAACCUGGCCCGACUUUUGGGCGUCGACCACGGCGCCACGGUUCUACAGGAUCGCUGGCGACCUCGAGGUCCCAUCAGUAACCUCGCGGGCCACUUCGGAGAGCGGCAUGAUGGUGUACGAUAAAUCCCGCCACGCCGACACCCUCCUCCUCGCCGCCUACUACAACUAUAACGGGCCGAAGCACUAUUAUAUCAUGCUCUGCCAGCACGGUGCGGGGGAAGGCGACAAGGAAACCUAUUUCCACGCUGCGCUGGUGCUGGAAGGGCUGCGGAGCCGGGGAGUAUACAAGCAGCCGACGGCGUGGAUGAAACCCGGGGUCGGCGUCAAGAAGGGAUAUUACGACGUCAAGAAGAUGCCCCGUUCGCACGGGCGGACGGUCAACGGCAAGUGGAGGGGCAUGUUCAUGAUGCAGAUGGAUCCGAUGGUGGAUUAUCAGGGAGUUGUGGCGGCCGUCGACAAGGCCGGAAAGAACGAAGCCCAUGCGAGUCCUGGGCCGAAAAAGAGGCAGCACUCUGGGGGAGUUGAGUUGGCGCGCGCGCAGGGCGAAGCGGCGGCCGUAGCGGAGGAAGACUUUAUCACUGACUCGUCGUUCCUCGGCACGGUGGGCAACCUGACGUGGGAGAAGCUCGACCACCGCAUCAUGUUUUUGCACCAUAACGGCGUGAAGCCUGACUUUACGCACGUCCUUGAUGAGAAGUCGGGCUUUGUCGCGAAGAACGAGAAGGGCGAGUAUGUGCGGCUGUGGGGCGACCCGGGCUGGCUGCGGGACACCUUGGACCGCGAUGUCGAAAAGGAUCUCUGGGAGGACUCGAUGCGAGUUUACUGCCAGACAAAAUUAGAGAAGUUGGAGCGCAUACGGGAGGUGUGCGCGAGGAUGGGCAUGCUUUAUGCAAAGGUGUACUUUCGCCCAGCUUCGAAGCCGUGGCCGGGCCGAACAUGGCCAGUGCAAUGCAUCAACGCCGCAUCCUCGUUAGCAGCGCAUUACGCACCAAUGGCGAUCAAUGGCCAAUUGUCAAGACAGCACCAUACGCAACCGAGAUCAACCCUGAUCUCACUCGAGAAGGCGCUUUGCAAGAGGAUACAACAACAACACGCACUCGAACCAAGCAACACCUCUAGCUCUAUCUCCCCCAAAUACCACCGCCGACACGCCUCUACGGCCGCCGCAACCAUCACCACCACCACCACCACCCCGAGCCACGAGCAAACCCGAACCCGAAACCGAACCCCCCCCUCCUCCGCCACCGACGCCAUCACAACCGCCGCCGCCGCAGCAGCAGCAUCUGCGAACCCUCCUUCGACAACCCGCCCCCCACCGCUCAACCUCCCGACCCGCGCGACCCCCAGCAACGCCCCGCCCCCACCCUUCCUCUCCCCCGCCAACUUCUCCCACCUCUUCGCCACGGGAGUCGCCUACCUCAAGUUCUACAAGACCGGCCUCACAUCCAUCGCCACCAACACCCGGCUGCUGAACUCCACCAAGCCCACCACCGAAAGACCCCUCCUCCUCCCCCCCGAAGCUGGGGACCAUCACCAGCACCACACUCCCCAAAAGAGAAAUACCCAAUGUAAUGCCCCGACCCUCCCACGGCUCCAGACGGCACAGGCUCAUGCGCUUGCGCUGGCAGCAUGA